AUGAGUAAAAGUUUAGGAAACUUCCUUACACUGGAGGAGUCAAUUAAACUCUUCUCCGCUGAUGCGACGCGAGACUCCCUCGAUGAUGGGAACUUCCAAAGAGAGACAGCAAAUAGCGGUGUAACGCGUCUCUUCUUGCUCAAAAACCUCGCCUCAGACUUUGCUGAAAAUAAACUCGAUCUUAGAGAAGGCCCGUUGAAUGCGGCGGACGAGUUGUUUAAGAAUGAAAUGGGGCUUUGCGUUAUGUCUGCUGCUGCUGCUUACGAGUCUCUCCAGUUUAGAGAAGCAUUAAAAUUUAGUUUGUAUGAACUUGCAAUUAAGAGAGACCUGUACAGACAGCUGGUGGAGAAGGACAAGAUGCACAAAGACCUCCUUAACACCUGGCUAGAGGUUCAGGCUAUAAUUCUCUCGCCGAUUGCUCCGCACAUCUGCGAAUAUAUCUGGAGCUUCAUUUUAAAGAAAAAGGGUUUGGUGAUUGAUGCAGAGUGGCCCCAACUGCCUUACGAUCCAGUCUUACACCGGAAGUUCCAAAUUUUGUUCUCCAGCGUUGAAGACUUCCGGCGUGCGAAGGAAAAGACAAUGCAAGCAGCAGCAGGCGGCAGGAAGAAGGGCAAGCAGCAGCAGCAGCAGCAGCAGCAGCAGCUGCCGAAGCUGACGCAUGCAGUUGUAUAUAUCGCCAAAGAGUAUAACAAGCUGCAGCAGAUGGUGCUGCAGCUGCUGCAGCACAUCCCACUGCAGCAGAAUGCUCAGGGCCAAGUUGAAGCCCCUCCUGAUUUUAUUAAUUAUUUAAAAAAUGCUGAAGAGCUGCAGGACUUAACACCAAAUGAAAAGAAAGAAGCAAUGGCAUUUGCUUCCUAUCAAAUGCGGGACGAGCUGAAGGUUUGCGGCGCCGCUGCUCUGAAUUUGCAGCUGCCUUUUAGCGAAGAAGAUUUGCUGAAGACCCAUCAAUCGUUUUUAAUGAGUGCAUUGGAUGUUCAGUCGAUUGAAUUCCGAAGCAGCGAGGACCCCAGCCCCUUAGACACCACAAACUGCCGUCUUCUUGCGAAGCCAGCGAGACCUUCUGUUUUCUUUUGUUCUGCUUAG